UUUCAUUUUCGUAGAGUUGGCAGGGGGCAUAUCACGCAUUAUUUGUUUUGAUGCUGAUUUCGUUUCUCAACAUAGUCAUAAAUGUAGUGUCAUGGCUGACUUCGAUGCAAUUUACGAAGAAGAAGAAGAGGAGGCUGAAGUUCCAUAUGAAGAAAGUUAUGUUACCCUUGUCCCAGACCCAGUUGUUGUUCGUGGAGCAGGCAAUAUGACGGUGUUUGGGUUAAGCAACAGGUUUGAAGCAGAAUUCCCAAAUGGCCUUGUUUCUCGUGUCGCUCCGGAAGAAUACAAGGCAACAAUUAUGCGUGUGAACAGUGUUUUGAAGAAAACCUUGCCUGUCAACGUCAAGUGGCUGUUUUGUGGCUGUGUUUGCUGUUGCUGCACGUUAGGCUGUUCCUUGUGGCCUGUAAUCUGCCUCAGCAAACGGACUCAGCACUCUAUAGACAAGUUACUGGAGUGGGAAAACAGUCAUUUGUACCAUAAACUUGGCCUGCACUGGAGACUUGCCAAGCAAAGAUGUGAUUCUUCAUCAAUGAUGGAAUAUGUUCUUUUGAUUGAAUUCAUUCCAAAAAUUCCAAUAUACAGGCCUGACUAAGAACCUGAAGAUCGUUCCUGUGAGACAACAAAAGUUCUAUCAUAACUAGCGUGUGAAUACUCCACAGAUCAUUUCAUUGACACAGUUGUCAUUUGUUUGGAAUUGUCUGUGAAAUUACAGAUGUGUAAAGGACGUACAUGUUCAUCCAAAAUAUUUAUGUUGAAAAUCUCAAAUGCUCUUCGUGCAGGGACUUGUGUUUAGUAAUGAUAAGGUCGCCCACUUUUGAUUGUUAUAGGUUUUAAUAUUAUUUUAUUAUUAAGGAAAGUCUCUUGUAAUUCUUCAGUGUUGUUUGAGAGUCUCUAUAAUAAUUAUUUGGAAAUACUGGAAUGAAAGGCAGCUAGAGCAAGAAAUGAGGUGACUGACAGUUCCUGUGCAGGAGACCUGCUGUGACUGUGUGAUAAUGUUGUGGAAAUUAACAUUAAUUGUGCUUCAUUUUAAAAUUAUUGAGUGGAUAAAAUGAUUGGACUUAGUAAGACUGAAAACUGAAAGUUAAAGUACCAGAAAUUUUGAAGUGCUGACAUGUUUGCCCACAAUCAAUGGAAAACAAUAAGCUUGAAAAUUUACUCACCAGUUUCCAUACACUUCAUUUUUCGUGGAGGAAAAAUGUGUCCUUGUGUCCCAUGGGUAUUUCAAAUGCAUAUCUUCAAUUUUUAAACAUAUGUACAAUGUGUUGGUUUGCAUAGGAGUCUGUGAAAUUAAGCUUGUGGUGUGCUGCCGUAAACAGAGGACAAUUAUUUUUUGUCAUGUUCAUCACAGAGCUUUGGGUUCGAACUGUGAUUCCAGGAUAUAUAACUAUAAAACUGUCACCUGGUUCUUGCAGAUUUCUGGAAAACAGGAAAUAAAAGAAACAGUUUUUAAGUUUAUAGUUGCAUAUAUUUUUGUUGGUUGAUAAUUAGAGUUCUCUGACAUGACAAUAAAAAUGUUAAUAAAAUCAGAACAUUUAAUUCAUUGAGGUGUUUCUGUGGGGUCUGUAGAAGUGGUGCACAAUUGUAAAUAUUAUUCACCAAUAGCUGUUGUAGUUAUUGCAGAUACAGUUAUUUUAACAUAGUCUAUUUUUUUGUGUUCUGUUUUCGGAGAGUUACAUUCUUCACCAGAACAUUAUAUACUGAUAGAUGCAUAUCUCUUGACCUUUGAUUGGAAAUUCUUGUCAUGCAUUGUGGGAACUGUGUUUCCUUCUUAAUUUAUGAUUUUUCAUUGCCUGCAGGUACUUAGAUUUGAUCUCCAGUAUAGCUGAUUUUGAUGAGCUAUCAAUUUAACAUACUUUGUGAGGUAGAAUUCUACACAACAAAGAGUGAUGGAAUGUGGACACCAUGUGUUUCAGUUUAUUUCUUAAUUGUUGUUACUAUUUAGAUAAAGUGUUUUGAAUUAUUGUGUGUGUGUGUGUGUGUGUGUGUGUGUGUGUGUGUGUGUGUGUGUGUGUGUGUUUGAUUGUUCAGUGGUAGACGACUCCAUUGCUGUUGGGCUGACCUGUAAUUUUAAUUUCUAGUAUUGAAGAAAGGAACUAGGCUGUACAGUCAUUAUAUAUUGCAAAGGAAAUGUUGUUAUAAAUUUAAAAAAAAUACGUGUAUAUAGUAAUGACAAAUGAAAUUACCUGUUAUUUUUUUAAAUAUGUGUUGGCCAGGUGGCUAAUACAUCAGAUGUUGGGGAGUUUUGCACAAAGAACUCUUAUUUGCUCUCUUUAGUAUACAAGAACAAAGUUUUGCAAACCGUCUUAAGAUUGACAUCUUAGAUGUUAAAACCUCUGUUUGAAGAGAAGUAAAUGUACUUAAAUUUACAAAUGAUAAUCUCAGCUGAUAAGUCAGUGAUCUUGGAAAGAAGGGAAUAAGUAAAAUUUGUAUGGGGGUCAUUUGUGAAUAGAAGCAUGGUGCAUGUUAUUUGCUAAGUGUUUACUUGUUGCUGCAUAAGUGAGUCACCUCAAUAACAUAUUUGUGAAUGGUUCCAUGCAGACAAAAACAAGAUGGUAGGGUACCAUUUCUGCCUUACAUAUAUAUGUAUGUAAGUUGUAAACAAUGUCUACAGCUUUCUUAUACCACAUGAAAUGCCAGAGAAUGCGUGUUGGGAUUAUGUAAUUCUUCAACAACGAAGGUGACAAUGUUUGUAGUGAUAGUUAUAAAUGUGACAUUGCAUAUGACCUCAGCCACCACAAAGAAGAUUUUGUUUGAAAUGUGGUGCUCAUUUUCAUAGGACCUUUUCCCAACCAUUACUUAUGUAUAGGUUAUUUUAUACUGUAAGAUACACCCCAUUAUCUUAUUGCGUUUUAUGUCUUGACUGAUUUGAUUGGGGAUGCAUUCGUUAAAUUUCUUGAGUUAGAUAUUCCAACUGUGUGUGUGUGUGUGUGUGUGUGUGUGUGUGUGUGUGUGCUGUGCUUCAGAACUUACUUGACAUUUGUUAUUGUUAGGUUUCUUGGUGUAAUAUGACUGUCAUCCAGGACCAGAUUUAUUUCAUAUAAUGUAUCAAUGUCAGUGGCCUGUUGGAGAUGUUCAACAGUUUAAAAAUAACUGCUUGAUUUAUACACAUUAGAAGUAUGUGUCAUUGUGGACCAUAUUUAUUUGCAGCAUCAUAAAUUCUUACACACAAGGAGAAGAUUAAUACAUGAUGUGUUGAUAUGCUCUUGUUAAGAGCCCAGUGAUUCUGAGCAUUCAAAAACAUAAGGUCAUCAUCCUGUAGAUAAUGCUAUCUUUCUCUCUUCUGUUCUUAAAUCUUGGCUACAUAUGUUGUGAUGAGUGAGGCAACCAUGUAUUUCAUUUGUGAAGUGUACAUUUAUUUUAUCUAAUGUCAAGACCUUUAUUUUUGUAACUUGCUUAUUGGUAUGAAGAAAAGAAAUUUUCUUUACAGAUUUAUUGCUUUCAACACAUUUUCAAAUUUUAAUUCUAUUUAGUAUUUGUGGGAAGAGAGAAGAGAAGCCAUUCACGUUUCUGAAUGCUGAUUUUUAAUUUCAGUUUUUUAAAUACACCAGUGUGGAUUAUCAUUUAAUAGGAUUAAAUGUCACAGCAAUCACAAUCACUAUGGUGACUUUUAUAGUAUGCUGUUUCAGUGAUCAUAACACAGGAAUAAAUAAUUAGCUGUAUGUCAGUCAGGUUGGUGUUCAUUGUAAAGCAUUGUUUGUAGUCAGGUAUCAUAAAUGAACUGCAGUUUUUACUGGUAUCAACACUACAGCGAAUUAGUAUUUGUCUUAUGAUAGUCAAUUUAUCAUGUCAAGCAUUGCUGAGCUAGUGUAACACCACAGAUAUUACACCAUUUUGUUAGAAAUGUAAAUUGAAGGCUUUAUACUUUUAAAAUUUCUUGUUGGGACAUCUGUCCAUGUUAUUGGUGGAAGCAGUGGGAAUCAGUGAACAUAAUUUCUUAUGUUGACUGAAAAUAUAGUUUCUUCAAACAUAUUAUAGGACUCCAUAGAAAUGUUACAAGGAAGUUAGUGCUUGAUGUCAGAAAAUGAAUAUAGAAAUAUAUUCAUAUUGAUUUUUGGUUAAAAUGAUCUUCAGAAAUUGUCAAAAUUAUUUUAUAUGUACUUGUAAAGCAUGCUAUCUUGUGCUGCCUGACCCUUACUUACUGUUUUGAAAGGAGUUCUGUGCUCUCUUCUCUCUCUCUCUCUCUCUCUCUCUCUCUCUCUCUCUCUCUCUCUCUCUCUCUCUCUCUCUCUCUCUCUCCCCCCUCUCCCCCUCCCUCUCCCCCUCCCCCUCCCCUUCUCCCUCUCUCUUUUCCUCCAUUCUUAGCUGAGUGAAGACAGUCUCUGAUUCUCAUUCUCAACAAUGCAUUCUUCAAUAGCAUGACAUUUAAUGGCUUACUUAUAUUUUUUACCGCUGAUGUGUUUUGGUGUAUAAAGAUCUGUUUAAUGUUAUUACUGUAGGACUUUUCAUACUGUGUAGUGUUUUGUUGCAAACAAAGUAAGUUUGAUGUAGAAUUGCAAAAUUUUGCAUUGAAUAUUUCAAGUACAUCUGUGGCUUGCACUUUCGUGUAGAAAUAUUUGUUUUAGGGGCUGGGGAGGGGGGAGAUUGUCAGGAAAAAAAAAUAGCUUUCACAGGAAAGUACAUUAUUCAUGUAAUGGUGAUUUGGUUAUAUUGAAAGAAAAAUGAGAGAUUAUCAAGGUGCGGGUAUUGCAUUGAAAGAGCUUAUAUACACAUUACUAAAAUUAAGGUAUAUUUUAAAGUAAUUGAGACCUGCAGCAUGGGUGCAGUUUGCCGUAUUUGUAGAGAUCUUCACAAUGAAGUUUAUUGCACAUUAAAAAUUUUAAGCAUUUAAAAAUAUGAGUAAAUCACAGCAUUAUUUUUUAAGGAUAACUUUUGAUGAUGGGCAGUGUAUUAUGUAUGUACUAGCAUAUCUGCAAAGUAUGAUGGUUGAUGAAAACCUCUUACUGUAAAUUGAAGUGUAUUUGCUGCUGUAGUGUUGUACUCUUCGUUACUGUCUGAGAAGAAACAAAUUCUGAGCCAAGGUAAAUGAGGAGUUUCACUUUGAAGUACUUAAGCUACUAUUUGUAAUUGUAAUUUAAGUAACACUGAACAUACCAACAGAAGGUGACAUUUUAUACAUCACCUCUAGAAAGUGUGUUAUUUGUCCAACAUUUUUAUUGAGAAUUUGGAGGAGAUAAGAAUCAGUAAAUAGAUAGUGUUUUACAUACCAUAUACAUGAGUUGUGUGUUGCGGUUCAAAGGUUACAUUACAUUUCAACAUUUCACCUUAAGAAAAUGUUACUCCAAAAAUGACAUAGUAACAAGAAUUAAGAAAAAUAAAGAUUUUUCAAUUAUGUCUUACUUCAGAGAAAGUAAAUGAUUCUUGUAUUGUUUGACUAGGUUACAAGCACAAAUCAAAUGUUUGGAAACCUUUGUUUUCCCUCUGUUCCUACAUAGAAGAUGUUUUGAAUAAAUGUCCUGUGUUGUGCAAUAAAUUCAGAUCUGUUACCUGAAUUGAUGUUAUCAAAUACUAUAUAACCCAUAAUGGUCAGCAGUAUUCAGUGGUCUGUACUAGUAGUUAUGGAAGCAAUGUCACUUUGUGGCACUGUUGGUUGAAUAACUUUAUGCAGUUAAUUUUUCUGAGAUACUUAUGAAAGUAUUUGAUGUUCCAUGUCUAUAAGUAUAAAGUAGCAUAAUUGCUUUUAGCUAUUUCUGCUAUGUAGAUAUUAUUUCACUGUCUUACAAGAAGAGUGUCUGUAUAUACAUGUGCAUGCCUAAAAACUUAUAUGUAAUUCUAAGCAGAUAGACACUUAGUUCUUUUUAUUAAUCAGUCAUUGAUAAUUCAGUUGAAAAUAAACUGCUGGAAGACUCA